AGGCGUUCAUGUUUUCAAGCUGUCUUUCCAUCGCGACUAGUGGCCUGGUUCGCUCGCUGCCGACUGGUAGCUGAUUAGAAUUGUUUGUGUUAUCUAAAUAACGGUGUGUAGAAUAAAAUAAAAAACAAUCCGUUUGUAAUUAUCACAUGCGAUUAGAUUAGGAAGAAUAAAUGGAAUUUCGAUCAGUGAUGAUGAUUGACGGUGAUAUGAGGUGAUCUAUGAUUUAUGUCGUGUCAGUGAGUGUCAGUGUUUUGUAUAAUGUGGGGAGCCGCGGUAUCAACUCCGCCGCAUUACCAUUACGUACAGGGUCCUAAUGGGCCCAUGCCCGCAGUGGGACCGGGCGGUCCCGCAUUGGUGGGCCCACCGCACGCCAGACAUUUACGGCCGCAGUCUUCCUACUCCUUGCCCCACGGGAGCAAUGGCCCGGGCCGUUGGGGCUGGUCUGGUAGCCAUGUGUCCUCUUUUGACAGGAGGCAAUUGAAAGUACCGCCACAACCUGCAAGGCCCGCUCCGGUUCGACCUUCAUACAAUAAAAAUGUUGCAGCCAGUAAGGUCGACCCCGAGCUGAUCUUCACGAAACAAGAGAAGAUCGGCAAGGGUUCCUUCGGCGAGGUGUUCAAAGGUGUCGACAAUAGGACACAGCAAGUUGUCGCCAUAAAGAUCAUCGACCUAGAGGAAGCCGAAGAUGAGAUCGAGGACAUUCAGCAGGAGAUUAUGGUGCUGUCACAGUGUGACAGCCCAUACGUCACCAAAUAUUUUGGAUCAUACUUGAAGGGAACAAAAUUAUGGAUCAUAAUGGAAUACCUCGGCGGGGGCUCAGCCUUGGACCUAAUGAAGGCGGGCAGCUUCGAGGAGAUGCACAUAGCAGUCAUACUACGCGAGGUGCUCCGCGGCCUGGACUACUUGCACUCGGAGAGGAAGCUGCACAGGGACAUCAAGGCUGCGAACGUGCUGCUCAGCGAAAUGGGGGACGUCAAGCUUGCCGAUUUUGGUGUCGCGGGUCAAUUAACGAACACGACAAGCAAGCGGAACACAUUCGUCGGCACGCCCUUUUGGAUGGCGCCAGAGGUCAUAAAGCAGUCAUGCUACGACAGCAAAGCGGACAUCUGGUCGUUGGGCAUCACCGCUAUAGAACUGGCCAAGGGUGAACCGCCGAAUUCCGAGCUCCAUCCCAUGCGAGUUCUCUUCCUCAUACCUAAGAAUAACCCCCCGCAACUCACCGGGAGCUACUCGAAACCCUUCAAAGAGUUUGUCGAGGCGUGCUUGAAUAAGGAUCCCGAAAAUAGGCCAACAGCAAAAGAGUUACUAAAGUUCCAGUUUAUCAGGAAGGCUAAGAAGAAUUCUUAUCUAAUGGACCUUAUAGAUAGGUAUAAGAAAUGGAAGGCGCAGCGGAGCGAGGAAAGUGAGACGGAAUCAGAAAAUUCAGACUCCGAGGAGUGCGGACGCGGCGAGGGCGAGGCGGACGAGCCGUGGAUCAUGACGGUGCGCGGCGGCGCGCUGCAGCCGCUGCUGCGCGACGCCGACAACAAGCACGAAGUGCCGCCCCUGCUGCCGCCGCCGCCGGCCGCCAAGCAGAACGGGUCGCUGGCGCGCGAGGAGUCGCCGCCCAUCGACAACCACAAGACCAACAACAACAACGACAACAAGCCUCGGCAGUCGUCGACGGUGCCAGUGGUGGUUGAACAGAGGAACUCGAAGGAGAAGGAGCGGGAGCGAGACAGAGAGAGGAGCGAGCGAGAGGAGCGCAAGGAGCGAGACCACCCGCCCGCCAACAGGGAUAGCGUAGUUUACAAUAAAGCGGCGUCGCCGCUGGACCACAGAGGGGAGUGCCCUCCGACCAGCGAGGAGAACAAAGUGCGGAGGCACCCUUAUCUGCAGCAGCUCAUCUACCCUCUACUCAAUGAGCUGUCGCGAGGCGCCACAGACGACGCGAGCGCGCGCCGCGCGCGCGCGCUGGCCGAGCUGCGGCGCGCCUUCGACAGCGCGGAGCGCGCCGCGCCGCAUCUCACGCGCGCCUUCGUGCAGCACGUGGUGCAGCGAGUGGCCGCGCAGUCCCACCAGCCCGCCUCCGCCUCGCAACACUGGAUGAGGUAAUCAUAUGGCGCGAGGCUCUGUCCGCCCCGGCCGCAGCCUGUUCAAACAGUAUUCUAUUCUAAGGCAAUAUAAUUUAUACAUUGACUUUGUCUUUGUAUCUAUUCAUCCAUAUGAGUCUGCUUCAUUGGCCAUAGACAAAUUCAUAUCGAUUCCAGUCACGCAUAACCUUGAAUUUCUUCCCUAUAAACUCGUUUUUCAGUGUUGUUCAGUCAUUAUUGGUCUAUGAACCUGGUUCAGUGAACUUGAUUGCAACUGUUAUAACAAUUAAAGUGUUGCGAAUCUGCUAUUUACGACUUAUAUAAAGAUAUAAAACGCUGUUUAACAUGAUCGUAAUAUAGCGAUAUGUUUGAAAAUUUGACGUAAUUCAUCUUAUAACCUUCUAUUUCUUUGUAUUUAAAACAUUGUGAUUUUAAUGCUAACGAAUCGCAAACGAAUGGUGAAGUUGGAAUGAUGGGUGUGACGUUGCGAACCAACAGAUAUUUUCGUAAAUUUUUACCAACUUAUUUCAUUUUAAAUUUAGGUGCAUUCAAUAACUAUUUAAUGCAUCUUUAUUACAUACUGAAUUUGUUGUAAUUAUCUGAAAAUCAAGUAGCCAUUUAUUUGUUGUUUCUAUGACUUGGUCACGCCGUAAUUUGAAUAUUAUAUAUUUACAAAUUGUAUAAUAUUUUAAAGUGUAUUGUCAGUUAUAAGUACGAUUUCUGUUUGAACAGGCUUUUGUUUAAAUUAUAUAGACAAGUUUAUUAUAGGGCUCAUUUUCUUAAAUUUCCUUUACGUAUCAUUGAGAAAACGCUUGUGAUGCGCCCGAAGUUAAAUAAAUUAUUAAGGGCCAUUUUCAACAAAAAGAAAUAAAAGAACUUUAGUUAUUUCGUAUGAAAAUCAUGGAAAGUAGAGUAAAAAUAAUUUUAUCGUUUUUUUAUGUUGGGUCAUAGAUAUAGAUACGGGCUUAAAAUAUUCAGAAACGCAUUGUAAGUGAAAUGAGUCGAGUGUCGACGAGUAGCCGCAACCGAGUCACAAAGUUGCAAUGCCAUAGUGUAAUAAAAUUUUAUUAAAACGUAAUCAGUACUAAGAUGGUUAUGUCUCUAAAUAUUUUAUGUUAUGUAAAUAUUCAUGUGACACGUAUUUUCACGUGCUGAAAUACUACAAGAAUCUAGCUUCAGGAGGUGAGAUGGUGCGGUAACAUACUCUGCAGUGAUUAAUGCAUAUGUGCAUGUUAUAUGAUCCUAAUUGUUUUAUAUGUUUUGUUCCCGCGCUAUCUCACCACUGGAUCUUAGAUUGAAACUACUGUUAACUUAGUUCUGUUUCAAAUAAACUUGUAGCAAAUGUUUAUAUUAUAUUGAUCACCAUUCGUUUGUAUUAUGGUAGAGCGGCCGACGUCCGCGCAGUCGUGUUAGUUUAAUGAUGUCGACGAUUGUUUGUUGAAUGCUUGUGUUUGCGACGGUAUCGGAACUAGUAAAUAUUCGUGGAGAGCUGCUAUUACUUCGCCAAUAUUUUGCCAUAAUUUUUUUCUAAAAAUAUUUUUACUAACGUGAUUUUUUUGUAUAGUCGGUUUUUUGUUGUGAUCAAUCGUCUAAAUUCUAACAUAUUUAUGUUUUAGAAAAGCGUUUUGAAACUCGCUGUAGGAAGUGUUAAGUGUCAUUCCAGACAAAAGACAGCAUUGUCAGCAUUUAUAGAUUAUUGUUUGUGCUUGAGCUACUGAUUCGCCGUCACUAGCAGGAAUGUGAACUAAAUCCGUUAUGAAAAUUGUUAUAAAUUCCUUAGUUUAGUUAUUUAGAUUUUACUUUUGUAUUCGGCUACUUACCGUUUUAAAUUAAUUAGUUACUAAUAUGUUUGUUCUAAAACCAUUUUUGUCUAAACGUUAAUUAAAAUUAUUUUAUUACGGUUGAUUUUUAGGCAAUGUUAAAUGGUAGGGCGACUUGAGAAGAGGUUUAAAUAUUUGUGAAUAUAUAAAAAAAAAUAUUCGGGCACCAACGACCAUUCGGUGUCGAUUCAAAGGAACAUGCUUAAUACGCGACAAUAUUAGCGGAUCGGGAGUAUGUAGAAUAUAUUAUGAUGAAGACUACAAAACAAUUAUUAUUGCUGUGUAAAAAUGUAAACCUAUAUUAUAAAUGUGUAAAUUGUGUAGUAUAAUAUAAAAAAGCUGUUUUAUGAAGUGUUCUUAUAAGCAUAUGGAGAGUAGUUAUAUCUUUCCAAUUACCUAUCUUCGCGCGGUGGCGAGCGGCGGCCAUGCUGUGCGAGCGGUGGUCGCCGCUCGCGACGGUUCGCGGUUGCCUUGUAUUUUAGUUUGCCAUGUGAGAGCAUGGGAGAUGUUACGUUGAUUUCGAUGGAUCAAAAAUUAUUUUUCCACUUGAUGACGUAUGGUGUAGAGAGUUGUAGUGUUAGAGGUGGGCGAUAAUUGUUGAUUAUUGAUAAAAUUAGGUGUUCGUGCAUUGGAUCGUAGUUGGUCCGCGUAGGCCGUCGCUCGGGCGGGCGACUGGAUAGAACUAUACCAGUACACUACAUCCAGGCGCCCCCCCACGACGAGGGGCUGUUAUAGCACUAGGAGGAUGUUCAGGACAGCGUCGUUUGGUUCAUGGGUAUUUGUGAUCAUAACUGCAUAGUUAAUAAAAUAAAUUAUAUAUUAUUAAUAUAAAAGUUUGUAUCGAAACCGGUAGUUUUCUGUGUAGCUCUACGUGUCGCAUGCGCCUUGUUUCGUCAGCUCGAGGCACUUUUCGAAAUUAUUCCGAAAGUCGAGUGAAUGCGGUCCCUCUGUAGGAAUGCAUGUCGAGAUAUAAAUAACAUCAUUCAUAUCGAGUGCUAAUUAAAGGAUACAUAAAUGUUGCAAAGAUAAGCACAUGUGGUCUCGAUCGGACGAAGCGAGACGCGGCAACGCGUCUAUUGAAUAAAAUCACCGGACACUCGUGCACCACGGCUAACCACGACGCGCACCAUUAGUAUAAUGGUCAAUUAAUGUUACAGCGUCUGUCAUUCUAACACGUUUAUGUAGGAAACAAAUUUGACUCUGAAAUAAAAGAAGUUAUUUAAUUUUGGAA